AUGUCGAAUUCUAGUGUUAUUGAUGGUGAUUUGUAUUCUUCUAUGAGUGAGAGUGAAGAAGAAGAUGUUGAGAACUCAUUUUUUGAAGGUGGUGAAUCUUCAAGUUCAGUACAUGAUGCACAAUAUUUUGAUGAUAUAAUUGGAGAACAUGUCUAUAAGCCAGAUGUACCUGUUCAACUUAUUCCUUUUAAGGGUUUAAUCUUCAAAUCACUAAAGUUGGCUAUCAAAAUGUAUUCUGAGUAUGCUGAAAUUGGUGGUUUUGAUGUUAGACUGAGCACACAGUCAAGGUUUGAUAACAAGAUUAUAAAGAAGAAACAUGUUAUAUGUAAUCGUGGUGGUAAACAGAAAAAGAAAUCUUGUGACACAUUAGGUACAAGUGGUGUUAGGAGGAAACGAAAUUCAAAUUCAAGAGCUAUUGGUUAUCAAGCAAAGAUUAUAUUUGAAUCUGUGUAUGGAACUCCAGAUUAUAAAGUUUUUCAGUUUGAUGAACUUCACAACCAUCCACUUGAGAAGAGAAGCGAUUUAAAAAAGGCGAGACAAAUGUCAUAUUCAGAAAAAGAGUUUAUUGUGCGUGCUUCCACAUCAAAAAUAGGUCCAACUAUGGCUCAUAAGUUGAGGGCAAGUCUGAGAGGUGGGUAUGAGUUUGUAAAACCCAAAGUAGUUGACUAUAAAAAUUUAAGGAGAGAUAUCAACAGGGUUAUUGGUUAUAAAGAUGCCCAAAUGAUAGUAAACACAAUGAAUGACCGUCGAGCUCACUACCCAAAUUACACAUUUGAGUUUAAUUGUCAAGAUGAUGUUUUGGACUGUAUGUUUUGGGCUGAUGAAAUUGAGAAGGCAUAUUAUGUUGAAUUUGGUGAUGUUGUCUCGUUUGAUGCGACUUUCCGAACAAACAAGUAUCGAAUGGUUUUUGUUCCGUUUACUGCUAUUGACCAUCAUAAAAAAAUCGGUUACUGUUAUGAUUUAUUUACAAACACAGACUUUAGAAAAAGGUUUUCGAAGCUUGUUUGGGACAUUAAUAUGAAACCUGAUGUUUUUGAGGUGAAGUGGGGUUUGCUUAUGAAGGAAUUCAAUCUUGAAGACACAAGAUGGUUUAAAGACAUGUUUACAAUACGUGAUUCAUGGAUACGUGGAUAUUUUAGUGAUAUUCCAAUGUGUGGUUUGAUGAAGACUACAUCGAGGUCAGAGAGUAUGAAUUCAUUCUUUAAUACAUAUUCAGAAAGUGGGAACUUACUUUUGAAUUUCAUGAUGAAUUACGACACUGCCAUUCAAAAGCAAAGGAAUACUCAACGAGAGCUUGAUAGGGCAUCAAAGAAAGCAUCAUAUAAAAUGCAAACACCUCAAGAAAUAGAACUGCAAGCAUCAAAGUCAUAUGUUGGUAUUGAAGAUGGUUGGGAAGUUUACAUUGUGCAGCACAACAAUAAUAAAAGUGAUUUUAAAAAUGAAUUUAAGGUUGAAAUAAAAGCUGAAGAGAAAGAAAUAAAUUGCAGUUGUGAACAUUUUAAGUGUAUGGGUGUUUUAUGCAGACAUGCUUUUACAAUAAUGAUGAGAUGUGGUGUUAAAGAAAUUCCUGAAAGGUACAUUUUGAAGAGAUGGAGAAAGGAUGUGAUAUUAAGAAAUUAUCGUUUUAGUUCUGUUCAAUCCGAUUCAGGUGAUUGUGAGAAUGAAUUUGAGAGUGAUUAUAUUUCUCCUGGAUUGAAAAGUAAGACAGAUGGUGAAGUCGUAUGCAAGCUUUUGGGUGUUACUAUUCCUAUUCCAGAAGAGAUUAAUAUUCAUGUUCCUGAAGUUCAAAGCAAUAAAGGUUCUGGAAUCAAGAAAAGAAUUCCAAGUGCAGGUGAAGUAGCAUAUGAAAAUUCUAAAAAAGAACAUAGAAUGUGUUCAGGAUGUGGAAAGCGAGUUCCACACAAUUUACGUACUUGUCCAGAAAGAGUUGGAGCUGCUAAAUCAGCAAAAGACAGUUAG